AUGUACUGCUGUAGAAUUGACCUGUCCAAGGCUAUUUGUAAUGUAGAAGAAAAAAUCGCUCCUCAACAAUUAAGUCUUAAAGAACGUCUUUUUUGUUCCGCUUCAGCCCAAGGUCCGUCCAGACGAGAACGGACAAUUUACACACCAGAUCAGCUCGAGGCCAUGGAAGAGUUGUUUAGGGAGAACAAAUAUCCUGACGUAGGCAUGCGUGAGGACCUGGCAGCCCGACUUCGUCUCAGCGAAUCGAGAAUUCAGGUGUGGUUUAAAAACCGUCGAGCCAAGCUUCGAAACAUGGAACGGCAUAGGAGGAGAGAAUGA